AAUUUGACUUUUCUUUUAAUUUUUAUAUAUUCGCAAGUUCGCGACACCAAACUCGACACGACACCUUAACUGCCUUCUCGCUCUUCCAUCGGACAUUUUUUCCGACUUCGGAUCUCGAAUCGACGGCAGAUAUGGCUCAUGUGACACGCCGCGCCGCCGUCCCCGGCCUACAGAAAGUUGUCGCCGUCGCCACGCGCCACUUCGCGGCCGCAUCGACGUCCUCCCUUACGAUCGAGACCUCCGUACCAUUCACCGGCCACAAGAUCGAUCCGCCCUCUCGCUCCGUGGAAACUAGCCCUGAGGAGCUUCUCUCCUUCUUCAACGACAUGGCUCUUAUGCGCCGCAUGGAAAUCGCUGCCGAUUCGCUCUAUAAAGCGAAGCUAAUUCGAGGUUUCUGCCACCUGUACGACGGGCAGGAAGCGGUCUCCGUCGGGAUGGAGGCUGCAAUCACGAAAAAGGACUGCAUUAUCACCGCGUAUCGCGAUCACUGCAUCUUCCUGGCGCGCGGCGGAACGCUUCUGGAAUCGUUCGCGGAGCUUAUGGGAAGGAAAGAUGGGUGCUCGAAAGGGAAAGGAGGCUCGAUGCAUUUUUAUAAGAAAGAUGGAGGUUUCUAUGGCGGACAUGGAAUAGUUGGCGCGCAGGUUCCGUUAGGCUGCGGAUUGGCCUUCGCGCAGAAAUAUAGCAAGGACGAGAAUGUGACUUUUACGCUCUAUGGCGACGGUGCUGCAAACCAGGGACAGUUGUUUGAGGCGUUGAAUAUGGCAGCGCUUUGGGACCUGCCUGCUAUUCUGGUCUGCGAGAACAAUCACUAUGGAAUGGGCACAGCAGAAUGGAGGGCAGCCAAGAGUCCAGCUUAUUACAAGAGAGGUGAUUAUGUUCCAGGGUUGAAGGUUGAUGGUAUGGACGCUUUAGCUGUGAAACAAGCGUGCAAAUUUGCUAAGGAGCACGUUCUAAAGAAUGGACCGAUUAUUCUCGAAAUGGACACCUACAGAUAUCACGGUCACUCUAUGUCUGAUCCUGGGAGCACAUAUCGUACGCGUGAUGAAAUUAGCGGCGUUAGACAGGAGCGUGAUCCUAUCGAAAGAAUCAGAAAGCUUUUACUAGCUCAUGAUAUAGCCACUGAGAAAGAACUGAAGGAUAGGGAGAAAGAAAUAAGAAAGGAGGUAGACGAUGCCAUUGCAAAAGCCAAGGAGAGUCCCUUGCCUGACCCUUCCGAGCUUUUUACUAAUGUAUAUGUUAAAGGCUAUGGAACCGAGGCAUUCGGAGCUGACAGGAAAGAAUUGAGAGCGACGCUCCCUUGAAGCGGGAGAUCAAAAAGGCACCGGCGCCAGUCGCCUCAUCCUCCAGGAACUAGCGGACGGUAUCUAAAGAAAGAAAAGCUUAGACAUACAUUGGCUGUUCAUAAUUCUUGGUCUUGUUAUUCUACUUUUAUUUUUUCCAGAGUUUUUGGAUAUUUUUAAAAUAUGUGAAACUGUACUUUUCGAGUUCUUUCUAGGUAAAUUAUAGCUAAGCCUAAUACUCUGCAAAUUAGACCCGAUAAAACAAGUCACACUAAACAAACUAUGUGUGGCUGGCAAGAAAGCAUCGGGUAUUUUUGGGUUCUUGUAAUAGGAUAUGUGGAUCUGCUGCCAUUAUUUUUCUUGCCAUUCAUAAGGUUUCUGCAGAACUCAAAUGCAAGUGUGUGAAUUUGAACAUCAUAUGUGACUCUGAUUUGUACUUUGUCAUGUAUCAAAUGUAUUUAAAGACCAUUUUUGCAAUA